CCUAUAUGGACCGUGACGUUGAAAAUCGUGUGCAAGAAUGUGCUGGUUGUGCUUCAGUUAGCUUACAAGGAACGCCAGAGCCAAUGCUACGCAAAGAGAUGCCUGACCGUGCGUGGCAGGAUUUGGCAGUGGACUUUUUCUCGGCUAAGGAAUGUGCCACGUUUUUAGUAUUGGUAGAUUACUAUAGCCGAUUUCUAACUGUUAUUGAAAUGAAAGCUACGAAUGCAUCAAAGACCAUCGAGGCAUUGGAAGGCAUUUUUAAAGAGCACACCUACCCAGAAACAAUUCGUGCUGAUAAUGGCCCACCUUUUGCUAGCGAAGAGUUUUCGAACUACUGCAUCCGUAAAAACAUUCGCCUGGUUCGUACCAUUCCGUACUGGCCCCAAAUGAAUGGGCUAGUCGAACGACAAAACCAAGGAAUUCUGCGGACUUUGCGAAUUGCCAGGUCGAUGAAAGAAGAUUGGAGAAAAGCUAUCAGUGAAUAUGUGUAUUCGUACAAUACAACUCCACAUUCUGUCACGGGUAAAUCACCCAUGGAGCUGCUUACAGGAAGACCUGUGAAGGAUCUGUUGCCUUCUCUAAGGACGGAGCCGUACUGGAGGCGUGAUGAGGAAGUACGUGACAAGGACAGCAUCAAGAAAAUGCAAGGAAAGUUGUACGCAGAUAAACGACGACAAGCGAAAAAUUCAGAUAUAGCGGUCGGAGAUACCGUCAUGAUAAAAAAUUACGAUCUGGGCAAGUUGGAACCUAGUUUCCGAUCCGAAAAGUACUCAGUAAUCCAGAGGAGCGGGAGUGAUGUUGUCGUACUGAGCGAAGAUGGGGUUAAAUAUCGACGUCCCGUGGCCCAUUUGAAGAAAUGGCCAACGUCAUGUAAUGGAGACGAUUUUCCACAGCCAAACACUCAGGAACCACGGAGAGCAAUUAUUGAAAACGGAACAGGAGAGCCCGAUUCCAGCGAAGUAACAACCCCGAAGCGACCUAGAAGAUCCGCUAAAUUACCAGCACGGUACAACGAAUGAUCAAAUGAGAUUGAUUGUAUUUUUUAUAAACUUUCCGACAUUUUUAUAAUUCAUCCGCAAUAUGUAUAACAUUUUUUUUUGGACCAGGUGAGGAAUGUAGAGUAGAUACAAAUAGCAUUCGUGAACCCCUCGUGGAAAUACUCUCAGGAGAUUAGAAUUAAGAAAUGAGAGAGGCAAAUAGGUUGUAAGUUUGUAGAGAACACAAGGCUAGUUAGUUGAGUUGUUACCUUACUCGUGGCAGGUCAAAUAAAGUGUUGC